CGGAUGUCGCUGCCCUGCCGACGUGAACGCCAGCGAGGUGUGUGCUCUGCCAGGCACCCUGCACCUUCCCAUUCGUUCAGUCAUCAGGGUCGGCGACGACGAGAUGAGAAACGUGCUCAGAAUCUGGUCACGAUCGCAAAAGUCAGCCGAGCAAGACAAGAAAGACACGAUGCAAUGCCAGAUGAAGAGACAUCGUGACGCACCUUCCUUCAGGAAACCUCCCUUGCUGCUUGGCGGUGACCAAAAGGGCACAGGUCAGCAAGGUGACAAGAGCCCCGCAGUUCCCUUUCUGCAAAAGAGACGGACCAACCACGGUUAACCCUGACACCUGACGUACCCCACAAGCUCACAACCCUCAGCGACAAGGAAGGACCGGGAAGGGAACUGAAAGUGACGGCGGGGCAGCUUCACCUUGGAUUCACUG